AUGCAAUAUUAUUUCAAAUCCAUUUACUCAGUCUGUAUUAUAAUCAAUAUGAUUUUGAUUCCAUUAUCUUUUGGUGAGAUGUAUACGUCAUUAUUGAACGUCAAACAAGCCAUCAUUGUUGAAAGACAACUUAUUGAUCAUUUAGAAUCUUAUAUUGAACACGAAUCGGAGAGACUUGAAGACAUCAAAAGGUUUUAUGCAAAGGUGUCAGAAUUGCACAGUGAGGUGUACAAUGGACCAUCAGCUGCUAUGGCAAACCCCUUGGUGGCGUUUACUCUUAUCAAGCGCUUGCAGUCCGAGUGGAUUAAUCUGAUCUACAGUGAUGAAGCGCAAGAGAACACCCAAGCCUUCAGGUCCGGUUACGAGGAGGUAGAGGAGGAGGGAAGCUUGCCAAAACUGGAGGACCUUCAGGGGGCGGCCAAUGGGUUGAUGAGACUGCAGGAUGUGUAUGCCCUUCAAGUGGGGGGACUUGUGAGAGGUCACUUCCAGAGGAUCACUAACGGCAACCCCAUUGACAUCUACAGUCCCACAAUAUCUGUUCCUCUUUCUGGGGAUGACUGCUUCCUGGUUGGAAAGGUUGCCUAUGAGCUGGAGGACUACUACCACUCAGUGCAGUGGCUGGAGGAGUCAGUGCGUCUGUUCCGAGGGGCGGGGGGGGGAUGGAGUCCAGAGAAUGAGGGAACUCUGGAAGAUGCUCUGGAUCACUUGGCCUUCUCUCACUUCAAGACAGGAAACAUCUCCUAUGCACUGAGUCUCUCUCAUGAGUUGUUGAACCAUGAUCCCAUGAACAGGAGAGUUUUGAAGAAUGUAGAGAAGUAUGAGCGACUACUUGUUGACAAUCCACCAUUACUGAGCGCUGACACUGGGUUGAAGAGGCCUAACACCACCUAUCUACGGACAAGGAACACCUACGAGAGACUGUGUCGGACACAAGGCACUCCGCCAAUGCGUUAUGAAAACCCCCGGCUGUUCUGUGACUAUUUCAACAAUGACAGUCCUGGGCUACUACUGCAGCCAAUCAGACGUGAGGUGCUGAGCCUGCAGCCAUAUGUGGUCCUCUACCACAGCUUCAUCACUGGCUCAGAGGCAGAGCGCAUCAAGGACCUCGCCCAGACAGGGUUAAGGAGAUCUGUGGUGGCAUCUGGAGAGGAACAGGCUACUGCAGAGUAUCGCAUCAGCAAGAGUGCAUGGCUAAAGGACACAGCCCACCCUAUCAUUGGGAGGCUGGACCAGAGAAUCACCUGGCUCACAAGUCUCAAUGUGCAGCCUCCGUAUGCAGAGUACCUCCAAGUGGUGAACUAUGGGAUUGGAGGACACUAUGAACCUCAUUUUGACCAUGCAACUUCAGCAUCAAGCCCCCUUUUUAGGCUCAACACUGGGAAUCGAGUGGCAACCUUCAUGAUAUACCUCAGCUCUGUGGACGCAGGUGGGUCCACAGCCUUCAUCCAUGCUAACUUUAGCGUUCCUGUUGUGGAGAAUGCUGCCCUAUUCUGGUGGAACCUCCAUAGGAACGGCCAAGGAGAUGGGGACACUCUGCAUGCUGGCUGCCCUGUGCUUGUUGGGGACAAAUGGGUGGCUAACAAAUGGAUCCAUGAGUACGGCCAGGAGUUCCAGAGACGCUGCAGCCCCAAUCCUGAGGAGUGAGAGAGAGAAAGCAGCUGCUGGGACCGCUUGGAGUACAAGAACCAGCCUCCACAAUGGAGCCGUGCGCACCACGCAGGCAGAGAGGGAGGGAACGAGAGAGGGAGCAAGAGAGGGCAUGCGAGAGCGCUUGAGGCUGGGGGAGAGGAAGGCAGCCAAAGAGCAGCCUGCACCUGUGAUUGGAGCUUCAGGCACAAGGGAACGAGGAGCACAGACACUG